AUGGAGGAUGACUACUACUCAAUUGAUUCCAUUCUCGCCGAGAACCAGAAGAUCCAGUGCACGUUCAAGGUCGACGUGCCCGACAUGGGCCAUCUCGACGGCGGCAAGGCUGGAGAUAUCAAAGCCCUGAGCAAGGUCCAGAUCCCUCUCUGGAUGGCGUACAUCCUCAUCUACUCGGACUACGCGGACUUCACAAUCCCACCGCCUUUCGCUGCGCGGGUGCGCAACGCGCUGAAUGCGGAGCCGCGAAGCGUGCGUCUCUCCAACCUCGUUGGACAGGGAGGCUUGUGGUAUGGCUUCGGGAGGAUGAUGAUGCACUUACUGAACGACGAGCCCGCGGAAGAGCUCUCGCGGGUCCUAACUGAGACAUUCCGUGCCCGACUACCCGAAGUGAUCGACCAGGCGCAGCACUUCGCGUCCCUGCAAGCCUCGGCAGGGAGCGGCUCUCGAGGGGGAGACGCGACCGUCGCGCAGUUCCGGGAGGGCAUGGACGGUACCGAACGAGAGUUAUUCCAGCUUGCACAGGAGAGCGCGAAGAAGACGAAGGUGUGGUAUGAGACGAGCGAGCGGGGGCGCCGGUAGGAUGAUGCCGCAGGAUAUGUACGAUCGUGUAGGAUACGAGCAGAGUUCGUGACGGAGCCAGCGAAGGCGCGCAUUGAGGGCCGUUCAAUCCUCCUUGGGCUUCAAGACAGUCUUCUGCGGCUGGCCAUCUGGGCUUUCGUGAGCAGCCUCUUGUAAGCGUACUUCCCGCAGCACAGACACAAACCACUUGAUGCUGGC